AUGGCAGAGGGAGGCUGUACGAAAACAGAGGAGGAGGAGGGGCAGGCCACCGAGGAAGACCUUCAGUCAUAUCAUGGCGUGGGUGUGUGCAAGUGGUUCAAUGUUCGGAUGGGAUUUGGAUUCCUGUCCAUGACCUGGCGAGAUGAUGUGCCUUUAGAAAGUCCAGUCGAUGUGUUUGUCCACCAGAGUAAACUGUACAUGGAAGGUUUCCGCAGUCUGAGAGAGGGGGAAGCUGUCGAAUUCGCAUUUAAAAAGUCUUCCAAAGGCCUUGAGUCUUUGCGGGUGACUGGACCAGGAGGAGCUCACUGUAUGGGAAGUGAGAGGAGACCCAAAGGCAAGAGUGUCCAGAAGCGCCGAGCCAAAGGAGACAGGUGUUACAAUUGCGGCGGUUUGGACCAUCAUGCCAAAGAGUGCAAUUUGUCUCCUCAACCCAAAAGGUGCCAUUUCUGCCAAAGUGUCUCACACAUGAUUGCCAGCUGCCCUACAAAAGCUCAACAGUCAUCACAGGGGUCUCAGGGAAAGUCUGCCUCAGUAAAAGAGGAAAAAGCGGAGCACAGUCAUUUGCCACCGCCCACCGGAAGCACCGACUGA